UUGGUUAAGGGAAUAAGAAUCAAUAGUGACUUUGUUAGCAUUCAAAUCAAGAAUGUGGAGCCUUCUACUGUAUUCAUCUUUGAUAAAAAUAGAGUCUUCCAUGCUUUCCAGACAGGUAAAUCAAUUAAUCAUAUUUUUAGAUGUGAUAUUGGCCGAUUUAAGGUUAUAGUUCAUACAAAUAACCAAUGGAACAGUUUUGAGACAGAUGUUGAUCUAGUGCACGACUAUAGCCCUUCAGGAUUAUAUAAUUAUGGUAUCCACUGUUGUGAUUCCUUAUUCUAUCUGUCAGGUAAAAGAACAAAUUGCGUGCACUUUCAGGAUAGCUCGCUAACUCAUAAAACGAAGGAAUGCUUAAUUUUAGAUUCGAAAUUAAAAGCAAUAACAGAGGAAACAUACAAUAAUGUGGUUGGCGAGUCUUUUGUGAUCAAUAUGCGUUUUGUGGAAAUUAAAACCAACCAUUUUAAGGAAAGGUUGAGAUUGAUGACAAAUCAAAUAAGUAAGGUAAAGUUUGAGAGUUUUCUGAUUGUUUGUCCAUCAAAUUCAGACGCAAAGGAAACACAUACGCUUUUGAAUACACAAGCUGCUCUUGAAAGUCAUCUUGCUGUUGCAAAGUAUGAAAUUGGACCCAGGCCAAGCAUAAACAGUAAAUUCUGGAUAUGCUCAUUUAAAGAAGCGUUGGGCAUUGCUGGUUUUGAAACAGUUAUUUUAAAAGGCAUUGGAAAUGCAGAGGAACUUUUUCCUAUUUUUGAGGUCUUGAAGAUUUGCAAUAGAAGAAAAGCCAUAGUUUAUGAUAGCCUUAACAAUAUUGAGUAUUUAAAAUCCAUAACUUCUGAAAGCACAGUACAUUAG